AUUGCCAUAUAACAAAAAUGGCUUGGAUUCAUAUCACCACAAUUUUAUGCAUUCUUACUAUAACAAUCAGAAAUUCAAUUUGCUACCUUUCGAUUGACCGAAUACUAAACCGAUUAGAUGUUUUGGAGGACAAAUCAAAUAAAGUCGAUAAUGGUUUACAAAAAGAAAUUGUUCAGAUUAAAGAGGAUUUUAGAGUGUUAACAGAAGAACUAACAGAAGCUUUAAGGCGAGAAAGCAUAUACAGGCGAGAAGAUAUAAAAGCAAUCUUUGAACUUCUACAAGGCAAAGAUAAUGACACAGAAGGAAGUACGAAACAAAGGCCGACGAACAAUCUAGACAAAAGACAGGAAACUAUUAUUUGUACUGCAGAAAACUCUGAACAUGUUAAAAAAGCAUUUCAACAAGAAAAGCUUAUGAACUUCAAAGUACGAAAUGAACUAGAGUCUUUCAAAAACACACACAAAGACAUCCUGAGUAAGUUGAAAGACAACGUCGAGAAUAGUAUCUCUAACACUGUUCUGAAAAUGAUGUCUAUUGAAAGCAAUUUCAUUAAAAAUCUUACCGACUCUAUGAAUCAAGCAGAAUUACGCCUUUUGAGAAAAGUGGAGCAUGUGGAAAUAAUGACAAACGAUGCAAUAAAUGCUCUGAAUGUAACUGUCGAGAACUAUAAAGAGCAAUGUCACAAAAGUCAAGUGAUACGAGAGACAAACAUGCUCAAACUGAUUGAAAAUAUGACUUCGGAAAUACAUGAACUGAAGAUCAAUGUACGUUCUCGUUUGCCCUUGCAAUGUAAAGAGGUUAUCGUGAAUGGAGUAUAUUCAAUAAUAGUUAAUGCAAACCCGAUACCAGUAUAUUGUGAUAUCGAGACAGACGGCGGAGGCUGGGUUGUGUUCCAGAGACGAAAGGACGGUUCAGAGGACUUCAACCGUCCAUGGCUGGAGUAUAAACAGGGCUUUGGUCAGCUAGAGGGCGAGUUCUGGCUAGGCAAUGAACUGUUGUAUCAGUUUACACGAUAUAAACCAAGGGAGCUUAGAAUUGAUAUGGAAGACUAUAAUGGGAAGAAAGCAUAUGCCAAAUAUUCUUCAUUCAGAAUUUAUUCGGAAGAACUAAACUACAAGCUUGAAGUUGGAGGGUACAAUGGGAAUGCGGGCGAUUCCUUGAAUGGACUUGUUGACAAAGGUAACGGGGUUCAUAAUGGACAAAGCUUUUCAACAAGAGACAACGACAAUAAAUCGAAAUGUGCAACUUUGUAUGGGGGUGGUUGGUGGUUUAAUUCGUGUUUCCAGGCGAACUUGAACGGCGGAUAUAAAAAUAUUCGUUGGUUUUCUCUAAGCCGCGACUUGUUGAAAUUUGUGGAAAUGAAAUUCCGAUAACAAGGCACACCAAACUUUUGGAACAUGUAUAUUGGGAUUUCAGAUCGUUGAUAAAUUGUUUUUAUGUUCAGUAUAUCAGUAAUAGUUUUUUUCUGGAUUUAGUGUAAAUAUAAAGUUCCCGAGAGUACUAUACCCAAUAAGUAAAUGUUGGUGUCUAUUUUUCAACUAAUUUAUAUAUACAAAUUCAUAUAUACAGUCCUCAAAACUUACAUUGUGAGGUUUUAAACAACCCCCAAAAUGAUUUAAAUGUAUUGAUAACAGCAUGAAAUAUUUUGAUUUACUGACGUAGUUGUUGAAUAUGCUUAUUCGAUAUUUAAGCUCACUUUUGGUAAAUUGAUUAAUUUUGGAAAAACACAUGCAUUAACCAUCUGAAAUGAUUGUUUUGUAUAUGUAUGUGUCCAUAUGGGCCAUGGCCAUCUGACUAUUUGUAAAUAGAUCUUAUAUCUAUGUAAAAAUUAAAAAUAAAACAUUUGAAUCUGUC